AUGCGUCAAUCACUCCCUGCAUUCCUUGCCCUUUGCUUGGCUUCAAGCGUCAUGGCCAUGCCUUCUGGCAGCUUGAAAACUCGGCAAACCUCUCCGGACGGAAGCUGUGGUGGCACCACCGGCUUUGUUUGUGCCACAGGCCUCUGCUGCUCGCAAUUUGGUUUCUGUGGCACCGGUCCCGCAUAUUGUGGCAGCGGAAGUGGCACUCCCCCUGGCAAUGGAACUGGUACCCCCCCUGGCAACGGAGGUGGUACUGGAGCCAUCACCUGCACCUCUAAGAUCUUCUACACCGGUGAUGGCUCGACUGGCAGUGGCUGGCCCGACGAGAGCGCCUGGGCCAGCUUCGACAACUUAUGGAAUGCCAAUCUCAACGUGAUCAAUGGCGCGUGUCAGAACAAUGGUUGGGGAGUGGCGAACAACUCUCCUACAGAGACCUCAGAGCUACAGUCCGCCAUCACUAGUAUCGCAGCCUCGUCCGGUGUCGAUGAGCGCUACGUCUUGGCAACUGUGGUACAAGAGAGCAAGGGAUGCGUGCGUGUUCCGACCACGCAAGGAUUCUGGGCGAACCCUGGGUUGAUGCAGGACGCCAACGGCACAAACACCUGCUGGUUGGGACCGGGUCAGGGCAUCAACCCAUGCCCGAACAACGUGAUUGUAGGCAUGAUCCAGGAUGGCACUACAGGAACUGCAUCUGGUUCUGGUCUGCAGCAGCUUCUGGCCAGCUUGUCGACUACUGGAGCUCAGGCAGUCUAUCAGGCUGCACGACUUUAUAACUCAGGCAGCAUCCCCGCCGACGGAAACUUGAGCGAGGGUGGUGCUACCAGCUCGUACUCCUCAGACAUUGCCAACCGUUUGACAGGCUGUGUUUUCUAA